ACAAACAACAGUAUACUUCGUCUGAAGAAACAUAAGAAACAUGUUCGCCUACAUAGCUGCCGCUUGCCUGUUGGCUGUUGCGCAAGGUGCUCCUUCUGCCUAUGGCGGAUAUGGUGGUUUAAGUUAUGGAUACUCAGCGCCGAUAAUCACAGCCCCCAUCUACACAGCUCCCGCGAUCUCCACCGCCAAUCUGAUUAAGGCUGCCCCCAUCCCCAUCAUCAAGACCGUAUCAGCUCCCAUCAUCUCAGCGCCUAUUGCUCCCAUAAUCUCAGCCCCAAUCCUUAAGACUGUUUCCACUCCCAUCAUUUCAUCUGGAUACAGCCUAGGAGGAUACGGUCUUGGAGGAUACAGUCUUGGAGGACACGGCCUUGGAGGAUACGGUCUUAGCGGAUACGGCGGAUACGGUCUCAGUGGAUAUGGCGGCUACUUGGGCAAGCACUAAAUAAUGUAUUAGACGAAGUAAUUGUGUAUCCCAUUCCUGUCCCUUUGUCCAUGCACUGAAU